UUCAAACAAUUUCAUAAAUCUUCAAUAUUUGAAAAUAAAAUGUCGUUAUAGUUCAUUGAAAUGCCAGCAGAGGGAGCUAGUUAGACAGGAUGAUGUCUGUGUGCUUUUACUCCAGGAAUAAAUAUUGACACUAUUUAAAUGUUAAUACUACUAUAAUGCAGUUAAGUUAUAUUCAAUAUUUAGACGCUCUCCUUGCAUGCUUCUGGUCAUCUGAUAAGGUAUGGUCAAUGAUUAGUUAGGUGUGUGGGAAAUAUAUAGAUGAAUAAUUAAGAAAUGGCAAACAAGAUUUAUACAGUAUGAAUUAAAAAGUAUUCAGUGGUAAGGUGUACAUUAUAGCAGGUUUACAAUGAUAUAUCUAACUCAACUGGUAGAGCAUGUGGUAUCAAUACACUUUUACCUUCUGUAUUUACAGAGAACAAAUGACCUUAGAUGUACACAUAUUAGGAAACUGAGUAUUCCAGAAAUGUGUAUUUCAAAAUGUAAAUGUACCUAGAUUAAGAACGUAUGAAAAGAGUACAAAACUUGUAAUGUAGCUUAUCGAUUUUGUUUGUGCAUACAUAUCUUCCGUGCAUCGCAAGCAUGCUCACUGACGUAAAACAUUUUUCCACUGAGCCAGAAAAGAGGGGGUUUAUUAGAGGUAUUAAAUAUAACCAUGAUCAUAUAAUAUCAUUCAUUAAUUCCUUUUAUGCCUCAUUCUACUUAAUAGCUCUGUAAAAAGCUUAUUUAGAUCUAAUCCACAUAACUCAUUCUGUUUAUUAAAAAUAUUUUGAGGCUUAUAAAUGCAACAGUCUCUUGAUUGCACAGAACGGUGAAACAUCCUUGGUCACAAUGCAACUGUUUAUUUCACUACAGCCACUCACGUAAUUACUACAUAUUCCAGCGACUCUUACAUAAACGUCGAGAGCAGCUCUGUGAUUGGCUGAGGAGAGUGUCAAUCAAAGCCCUUUCUUCCAAUAGACUCGUUACUCGCUCUCAAACUAUGGCGGCCAUGUUGUAUCCGCGGGGGACUGGAGGCUGUUCGGAACCGAGUCUGUCUUCAGUCGGGAGUAUACGGUGGGGCUCUCGGGCUUGAACUCGUCUGGGUUUUACACCAUUUCAGAUCUACACUCCUCGCCAUGAGCCGUCCGUCCUCUGCGGGUGGCGCGGCCGGAGGACUCGGAGCUGGUAAAGCAGGAGGAAGUAAGCAUGGAGGUUCUGGAGGAACAACCGCCUCUGCUGCCGCUGCAGCCGCCGCCGCCGCCGCUGCCGCCGCCGCAGCAGCAGCGGCAGCCGCCGCGGGAGUAUCCGGCUCUGUCGCGGGCUCUGGUACGGUCCCCGCAGCCGCUGUAGCCCUUCCAGCCGCUGCCCUACCGGGGCAGUCAGCCGAACUGACAGCGCUGUUUGAGUGCCCGGUGUGUUUCGACUACGUGCUGCCCCCGAUCUUGCAGUGCCAGGCUGGGCAUCUGGUGUGUAACCAGUGUCGGCAAAAGCUCAGCUGUUGUCCAACUUGUCGCGGCCCUCUCACGCCGAGCAUAAGGAACUUGGCAAUGGAAAAAGUUGCAUCUACUCUGCCGUUUCCGUGUAAGUAUGCCUCAGCUGGAUGUCUGCUGUCUCUCCACCACAGCGAGAAGCCCGAGCACGAAGAAGUCUGUGAGUUCCGGCCCUACACCUGCCCAUGCCCGGGGGCUUCCUGUAAAUGGCAGGGCUCCCUGGAAGCCGUCAUGCCACAUCUUAUGCAUGCCCAUAAAUCCAUUACCACUUUACAAGGCGAGGACAUUGUCUUUCUGGCCACGGAUAUUAAUCUACCGGGGGCUGUGGACUGGGUCAUGAUGCAAUCAUGUUUCGGCCACCACUUCAUGCUGGUUCUAGAGAAGCAGGAGAAAUACGAGGGACACCAGCAGUUCUUUGCCAUCGUGCUGCUCAUUGGCACGCGAAAGCAAGCGGAGAACUUUGCCUACCGCCUCGAGUUGAACGGCAACCGUAGGCGGCUCACAUGGGAGGCCACGCCGCGCUCGAUCCACGAUGGUGUAGCAGCAGCCAUCAUGAACAGUGACUGUCUUGUGUUUGAUACCUCUAUUGCCCACCUGUUUGCAGACAAUGGCAACCUGGGUAUCAACGUGACCAUCUCCAUGUGCUGAGGUGGAAGCGUAAAGAUUUAUCCAGUGACCCAAACCUUGGACAACCUCUGCGCCCUAUCAGACUGCAGGUUCUGAAGGCAAUGGUUGGGAGAUGUAUACAUUUGUGUAUAUUUCGGUUCAAGAGUCAUCUGCUAAAACAACGCACACUUUCCAGAUUCACUAGUAGGUUAGUUUGCUAGGUAGGAUGGUAAGAGUCCUUCUCGAGAUGCGUGCAAGUGCAAGCAGUCCGUUGAAGGCAUUGGUGCAAUUGAGAAUUUCUUCUGCACACCCUAAGGAUACAAACAUCUCAACUUUCUGAUUACACCUUCAGUAGAAGUUGAGGUGUGGACGAUCACAAUCACAGAAUUAAAAUGCUAACUUGGGAAGAGUCUAGGCAUGAAGGUGUAACAUUUGCCUCAGAAGCUUAUAAAACCUAUGUUGUACAAAACUGCACUGACUACUUUGGUUUUCGUCUUUGGAUAUUGAGUGAAACCAUGGAAAUUGUACAUGGCAAUGUAAAUGGUAAUCCUCUGAAUUUUAUGGUUGUAUAUUGGCUUGAUAAAACAAUGCCCAUGGUGGAAAUGCGGUGUGCAUGGUGGAAAUAAAACUCACUUGCAAAAAUGGCAUAGCCACCAUGUUUUUAAGGCAAGAAUCUGACCUCUUUACUAUGUUUUUUUCCUUCCUUCCUUCCUUUUCUUUUUUUAAAUACCAUAUCUGUCUUCAAUGUUUCAUGAAAUAAUGAGGACAAUACUUAGUUUAGUUUAUGGUCCGUAUCCAUAGGAGAGAACUGGUUUGUGAUCAACACAGAUACAAGCUCCAUAAAAUGACAGAACUACAGCCAACCAUUUCAAGUUUUGUUACCUAUGAUCUAAUGCCACAAAUAUAUUUGUAUAUGAUUUUUUUUUUUUUUUUUUUUUUUUUUUUUUUUUUUUUUUUUUUUUUUUUUUUUUUUAAAGGGAGAGCUGGCCUAUAAAUUUUUCAUUCAUGGAGCACCAAAGGAGAAGUUAAAUAGAAUAUCUCAGCUGUUCGCUUUCAGUAGUGUAUUUUGAUGGGCCUGAGGCUUGUCAAGCUCCAAAAACCCCAUAAAUGCAGACCAUACAACCUGUGCUCUAUAUUGCAAGUCUUCUGAAGCCAUAUGAUAGCUUUAUUAGAGUCAAAGACAGAAGUUUAAGGCUUUUAUUUAAAAUAACUAAUUGUAAAAAAAAAAAAAAAAAAAAAAAAAAAAAAGAGCAGCUCACACAUUUUACUAGAUGAUGACUCCUAUACAGGUUUCAACAACACAAGGUGAGGAAAUGACAGAAUUUGAAUUUGUUAAUGAACUAUUUCUUUUAUAUAGGUGUCCCCACCUUUGCUUUUUAGCGUACUUUGUCUUGUCAACAGUGACUGUAUGUAAAAGAUUUAGCCUGCGCACAAACAACAAUCUGUUAUUUUCUCGUUGAUAAAGUGUCCGCAUUUAACUGGUUUUGUUGUCUUUGUACUUUUUCUUACUUUAUAUUUGAGGAUAUCUUAAAGAAAAGCUUUUGUAAAAAAUAUAAACAACUUUAGUUUUGUUGGUAUUUGUUGUUGCUGUUACGUCUUUUACGAAAUGAUCGUUUAGUCUAGCUUUGUUUACUCUAUUUAAAACCCGGUAAAAUCUGAGCAAUUUCUCACUCUCCUCUUUGGUCAAUGAACCCACAAUGCCUUACUUGUAUACAAGCUCAGUCUUAUAGAGUCUGCCGCCUUCUAGGACUCCGUGUCAAGUUCAGGUCACUAUCCUCCGAACCUCCAGUGUCUUGAAAGAGACUUCAAUUUUACAAAGUGGCAUUAUGUGUGGGAAGGACAUGGCACGUCAUUCUACUUUGCCCCCAAAAACUGCUGCAGUAGCCGUUUCACUUACACUGUUCAAGUACGGACCCCGGCCUCUUUUCAAAUACCUCUGAUGACUUUGGAGACAUCUGUGCAGGAAGAGCAUUGAUAUGCCUGAAUGUGGGUGGUUCUGUGAAGAGAUCUCAAGUUUGAUGCACAACUAAUGCCCUCAGUUCUUCUUUAUCUGUCUGCUGUUUUACUCCUCCUGAAAAAUAAUUUAAAAAUGUAAAUUAAAUGUUUUAUAAAUCC